UGGGGAAACUGAUAGUUUAAGCGAAGCGACUGAAGUAUAAAUAUAUGUCACAUGUUUACAGACGUUACUCUUUUGAUCUCCGCUGAAGAUAUCACGUCUUAGAUAAAUACGCUGUGAAUUUGCCAUAAGAAUUGUCGCAAGCCAAGUAAUGUAACAGCUUGAAGGGUCUAUGCAUUAGCCUUAAUUUCGGCAACGCAAUCAUUUCACGCUCAAAUUUUCGUCGAUUGAUAUUGUUCCAUAGCUUGCGUCACCGUGGUUUAAGCCCGCCAAUGGUUAAGAUCAAAGCCUAAUCAGUCGUUUGUUCAACUCCGCGUAGACAGCAAGGAAAACAAAGUACCUUUGUCUUAGUGAAGAUUCAUAGUCAAGUUUAAGGUUGACCGCAAGGUUUAACCGGCAUCUGCAGUGACCUGUGAAAACAAACCAAUAAGUCGGUAGCGAUUAAUAAAAAAAUUCUCGGAGAAGUUUUUUAACGAGUUUCGAAGCAUUGUGCCCCGUCUAUUGUGCCUAGGAUUCCGGGCUUCGGGCUCGUUACGCGAGAAAAUGCACCGCCGUGUUUCGAGAUGAAUUUUAAUGUUUUCCGACUUGUCGCGGGCUGGGGCAGAGGCUGAAUAGCGGCAAUAUGUUGCCGAGCUCGUCCGCAUGUCAGUUGACGACCUUCUUCAUUGGUGUUUCGGAGAUAUGUUUCAUGAGCGCACCGGUGGGGCCAUGCUACUACUGCUGCCCCCAUGACGACGUGCAGGAUAUACAAUACAAACUGUUCACUAGAUCAAAUCCUACUACCUUCGAGCUGAUCUCAGUAGGCAACCGAGCGUCUCUGCGGCGGACUCGCUUCAACGUGUCCAACCCGACAGUUAUAUAUCUUAUGGGCUUCACGGAAGCCACCACUGGCCGGAGCACUACUACACUGCGAGAUGCAUACCUAUCUAGGGGAGAGUACAACUUCGUGGCGGUCGACUGGGCACGUCUCGUGGCAUUUCCGUGGUACAUAACGGCAGUCCGCAACACCCGGUACAUGGGAGCCCGCUUAGCCGAUUUCGUGCAGUUUAUGGAGCGCGCCGGAGUCCGUGCUUCAUCUUUACAUGUCAUCGGGUUUUCGCUUGGAGCUGAGGCAGCUGGCUUCGGCGGGAAGGAAUUGAGGAGGAGAGGGCUGUUGCUGGGCAGAAUUACUGGCUUGGAUCCCGCCUACCCCGGCUACGGUUUAACAAACAGCGACGGCCAUCUUGCAAAAGGCGAUGCGGCCUUCGUGGACGUGCUGCACACGAACCCUGGUGUGUUCGGUUUCCCCCGGCCAAUAGGCGACGUGGACUUCUACCCCAACCCGGGGAGUUGGGUGCAGCCGGGCUGCUGGGUCGACCAGCUCGUCAGGAACCGGGAGCUCGGGUUUAUGUAUGGAUGCAGCCACAACCGAGCUUGGCGUCUGUAUGCAGAAUCAGUGUUAAACCCAGGAGGGUUUCCGGCGACGCUGUGCCGGCAGUGGAGAGGCUCACCACGUCUAUGCAGCUUUCGAGUUGAUGGAUACAUGGGAUUUGGAGCGCGCCCCCCCGUGAGUAAACUAGAAAUUUGAAAGUUGAUGACGGUGACGUGAUUAAUUUAACCAAGGACAUUGUUAAGAAGCUCAUGACAGCUAAGAGUAGCACUUUUCGAUAUAUAAAAUUGGGACCAUAACUACCGUGGCCUACUCAAGGAGGUCAGAUUAAAGUUUGACGUAAAGCCUUUCGAGCGGAUAGUUUUAAAAGGGCACUUUUAUCCUUUGGAUUUCGUAAAAUAUAUCCAACAGAUGUAAAGAUCCUCUUAGCACAUUCCUGAUGGAUUCCUAAAGGAAUUCAUUAUCCAUUAAAAGUACCUAACUACGAAUACUUCAGACUAUAACGCACUCAAAGUCGCAGUCUAUCCUUUGCGAAAUUCUGACGUCGCAAACUGACAAAAGCUACCUUUAAAUUUCACCGCUAAAAAUCCAUAAUUCAUCCCCAAUCGAAAAUAUCGCAAUCAAAGGGUCUGAUUAAACCGGCAACGCUGGGUUUACGAGCGUUAUACGCGUCACGUCGCGCGCAUGAAUCCCGCUGUGGAUUC